AUGGCGGAUCCAAAUAAUGUGUCGCAGUACAAGUACUCGGCGAUGUCCAACCUGGUUCUCCAGGCGGACCGUCGAUUUGUAACUCGCCGCACAGAUGAGGUUACAGGUGACCCGGAGUCCCUCGCCGGUCGUAUUAAUAUCAAGGACAUGGGCACACGAGUGUCAGAAGCGGAUGCUGCAAAGGUCAAAAGAGUUCCAGUUACCCCGAGAAAUGUGGAACGGGAUGCCAUUCGUGAAGGCGAAGCUGUCUUGCAACGAGAACAGCGGAAGCGGAAACGAGGGGAACCCGCCCAGAUGAAGGGCGCGGGUAUCCUGUCUGCGGCAGAUACGCUUAUUGAAGGCCUAAAAUAUCGUCCCAGAACUCCUGUGACGAGAGCAACGUAUGAUUUAAUACUCACCAUGACUUCCAACCACCUGGGCGAUGUGUCUCACGAGGUCAUUCGAAGCGCUGCGGAUGCGGUGCUGGAGCUUUUGAAAGACGAAAAUAUGAAGGACUUUGACAAGAAAAAAGAGAUUGAUGAUUUACUUGGAAGCUCGAUGGGACCCAAGGAGUUUAAUGAGCUUGUAAACCUGGGGAAGAAAAUUACUGAUUACGAUGCCCAGGAUGAAGAUGAAAACAUGGAGGACGGCGCGGAUGGUGGACAUGGCGGAGAGGAAUUGGAUGAGAGACAAGGUGUCGCUGUGGUUUUCGAUGAACCAGAUGAUGAAGAAGAAAAUUUCGCCCACGAAGUUCGAGACGCUGAUGAGCAUUCCGACGAAGACAUGUCUGAUGAGGAAGAUCGACCGGAUCUAGAGGAGAUUGCUACCGCUGGUGGGGCCGCUGCUGAAAGGGACAAAGCCGGCACCCCCGAUGAAGAAAUAAUAAUCGAUGGCACCGUGGAGGCAUCCAAUGGCGACAAAACUAAUGGUAGCGCAAAAGUUGUUCCAAUCCGCGAAAUUGAUGCCUAUUGGCUCCAACGGGAGAUUGGAUCGGUUUAUAGUGACGCACAUAUACAACAAGAAAAGACCCGAGAGGCGUUACAGAUGAUGGGUGAAAAGUUCGAGGAUGGGAGUGAAAGACCGCUCCGUGAUGUAGAAAAUGACCUAAUGGAGCUUUUCGAUUACGAUUAUCCAGAUUUGGUUGGAAAGCUCAUCACGAAUAGGGACAGAAUUGUCUGGGUAACCAAGUGGAGGCGAACUGCGGAUGAUGCGGACGCCAAAGCGGUUCUUGAAAAGGAGAUGGUUGAAGCUGGUCAAUACGCGAUUUUGGAUGAACUACGUGGCAAGUCAUCUCGAGAAAAUGGAGCGGAACAGGCUGGCAAAAAAAUGAGAAUUGACUUAAUGGACAUUGAUAUCCCGGGUCCUAAGCCAACUGAAGCUGAAUCGAAGCCAAAGGAUGGUGUCAUAACGCGUGGGCUUCAGCCUAAAAAGCUCAUUAACCUCGAAAAUCUGAUUUUUGAUCAAGGAAACCAUCUCAUGACUAACCCUAAUGUCAAAUUGCCCCAAGGUUCAACCAAAAGAACGUUUAAGGGAUAUGAGGAAAUUCACGUUCCCGCUCCCAAACCAAAGAGAGACCCAAAUGAGCGCCUUAUUUCAAUUUCGGACCUCCCAGAUUGGGCUCGUCCCAGCUUCAAGAACUCCGAAAAGCUCAAUCGUAUCCAAACCAAGUGUUUCGCGACGGCAUUUAACGAUGAUGGGAACAUGCUCAUUUGUGCUCCAACAGGAUCUGGGAAAACCAACGUAGCAAUGCUUACAAUCCUACGUGAGAUUGGGAAAAAUCGGAACUCUGAAACUGGAGAAAUCAUGUUAGAUGACUUCAAAAUAGUCUACAUCGCACCAUUGAAAGCACUUGUCCAGGAGCAAGUUGGGAAUUUCGGCGAAAGACUAAAACCUUAUGGCAUCCGUGUCUCUGAACUUACAGGUGAUCGUCAACUUACCAAAAAGCAGAUAGCAGAUACCCAGAUUAUUGUAACCACUCCUGAAAAGUGGGAUGUUAUCACGAGAAAAGCAACUGAUACCAGCUAUACGAGGCUUGUACGGCUCAUCAUUAUCGAUGAAAUUCAUUUGCUCCAUGAUGACAGAGGUCCCGUCCUAGAAAGCAUCGUUAGCAGGACGAUACGUAAAAUGGAGCAGACCUGUGAUCCAGUGCGCCUGGUUGGUCUGAGCGCCACGCUCCCUAAUUAUCGCGAUGUUGGCAGCUUUCUGCGUGUUGACCCGAUCAAUGCGCUUUUCCACUUUGAUGGAUCUUACCGACCAUGUCCGUUGAAGCAGGAAUUUAUUGGUGUGACUGAUAAAAAGGCAAUUAAACAGCUGAAAACAAUGAAUGAUGUUUGCUAUACGAAGGUUCUCGAGCAAGUUGGUGCUAAUAAAAAUCAAAUGCUGAUUUUCGUUCAUUCAAGAAAAGAAACGGCAAAGACCGCUAGAUAUAUACGAGACAAAGCUGUUGAGAUGGAAACCAUAGGCCAAAUUUUGAGAAGCGACGCGGCUAGUCGAGCUAUUCUUACAGAAGAAGCAGAUGCAGUUAACGAUCCUGCUUUGAAGGACCUUAUGCCUUACGGUUUUGGCAUUCACCAUGCUGGCAUGAGUCUGGCUGAUCGUACCUCAGUUCAAGAACUUUUUGCGGAUGGUAGUUUGCAAGUUCUUGUUUGUACUGCUACCUUGGCGUGGGGUGUCAAUCUCCCAGCUCAUACAGUUAUCAUCAAAGGUACUCAAGUUUACUCGCCGGAGAAAGGCAGCUGGGUUGAAUUGAGUCCUCAGGAUGUGCUGCAGAUGCUUGGCCGUGCUGGUCGACCACAGUAUGACACGUUCGGAGAGGGUAUUAUCAUAACAUCCCAAACCGAAAUGCAAUAUUACCUCUCCCUGCUCAACCAGCAACUCCCUAUUGAAAGUCAACUUAUGAGCAAGCUUGCUGAUAACCUAAACGCUGAGAUUGUGCUUGGAAAUGUCCGCAAUCGCGACGAAGGGGUAGAAUGGCUCGGUUACACGUACCUAUUUGUCCGAAUGCUUCGCUCCCCUGGCCUUUACAGUGUUGGCACUGAUUACGAAAACGACCAAACCCUCGAACAGCGACGCGUGGAUUUGAUACACUCUGCUGCAACCGUUCUCGAAAAAGCUAACCUUAUUAAAUAUGAGAAAAAGACAGGAAAGCUCCAAUCUACCGAACUUGGCCUGAUUGCUUCACAUUACUAUAUUACGCACAGCUCUAUGAACACAUAUAACUACCACCUUCAGCCCAUGGUGUCGACAAUUGAGCUCUUCCGUAUUUUUGCUCUUAGUGACGAAUUCAAGUAUAUUCCAGUUCGACAAGAUGAAAAAUUGGAGCUAGCGAAGCUCCUUGGUCGUGUUCCAAUACCUGUGAAGGAAAGCAUUGAAGAGCCUCACGCGAAGGUCAAUGUACUCCUACAAGCAUACAUUUCUCGCUUGAAGCUGGAAGGGCUUGCGUUAAUGGCGGAUAUGGUAUAUGUUACCCAGUCCGCAGGUCGUAUUCUUAGGGCAAUGUUCGAAAUUGCACUGAGAAAAGGAUGGGCGUCAGUAGCAAAAAUCGCUUUGAGCCUGUGCAAGAUGGCAGAAAAGCGAAUGUGGCCUACAAUGUCUCCUCUUCGCCAAUUUCCAUCUUGUCCCCGUGACGUUUUGCAGAAGUCGGAAAGAAUCGACAUUCCGUGGUCUACGUAUUUUGAUCUGGAUCCACCGAGAAUGGGAGAGUUGUUAGGCAUACCGAAGGCAGGCCGAACCGUUUGCGAUCUCAUCUCAAAGUUCCCGCGUCUGGAUGUUCAGGCACAGGUUCAACCAAUAACUCGGUCAAUGCUCCGUGUGGAACUCACCAUUACCCCUAAUUUCACAUGGGAUGAUGAUCUUCACGGCGUUGCAGAAAGCUUCUGGAUCAUUGUGGAGGACUGUGAUGGGGAAGAUAUCCUCUUCCAUGAUCAAUUCAUUCUUCGCAAAGAGUUCGCUGUUUCUGAAAUGAAUGAGCAUCUAGUAGAGUUCACUACACCCAUAACGGAGCCAAUGCCUCCAAACUACUUCAUCUCACUUGUUUCGGAUCGAUGGAUGCACUCAGAAACAAAGAUCCCCGUCUCGUUUCAAAAGCUGAUUCUCCCCGAGCGCUUCCCGGCUCAUACACCGUUGUUGGAUAUGCAGCGAGUACCAGUAAAAGCCCUUAAACAAACUGAGUACCAAAAGCUCUAUCCUCAUUGGGAUCAUUUCAAUAAGGUUCAGACUCAAGCUUUCAAGUCAUUAUUCGACUCGGAUGACAACGUUUUCCUAGGAGCCCCUACUGGCAGUGGCAAAACGGUCUGUGCUGAGUUCGCUCUACUUCACCACUGGUCGAAGUCCAAAUUUGGAAAAGCUGUGUAUAUUGCUCCUUUCCAAGAAUUGAUCGACCAUCGCUUGAGUGAUUGGCAAAACCGGCUGGGGAAUCUCGAUAGUGGCAAGAACAUUGCCAAACUUACCGGCGAAACCACCGCAGAUCUAAAGAUUCUCGAGAAGGCCGACCUCGUCCUCGCUACUCCAAUUCAGUGGGAUGUUCUGUCACGGCAAUGGCAGCGCCGUAAGAACGUACAGGCUGUUGACCUCUUUAUCGCUGAUGAACUUCACAUGCUUGGCGGUCAGGGGGGUUAUAUUUACGAGAUUAUCGUUUCAAGAAUGCAUUAUAUUGCCCUUCAGACCGAAAAGGAGUUGCGAAUGAUUGGUCUAAGUGUCCCCCUAUCCAAUGCUCGGGACAUCGGGGAGUGGCUUGGUGCUAAAAAGCAUACAGUUUACAACUUUAGUCCUCAUGUGCGUCCAGUUCCAUUGGAACUGCACAUUCAGUCGUAUACUAUUCCCCAUUUCCCCUCUCUCAUGCUCGCCAUGGUGAAACCUGCACUUGCAUCAAUUCUACAACUAUCGCCCGAUAAACCGGUACUCUUGUUUGUACCGACUCGAAAACAAACACGGUCCACUGCUCUGGAUUUGUUGGCUGCUUGUAUUGCUGCCGAUGGCGAGGACAUAUUCUUGCAUGCUGAUGUGGAAGAACUUUCGCCCCUGCUGAAACGUAUCGACGAACAAGCACUGGCAGAGUCAAUAACCCAUGGAAUUGGCUAUUAUCAUGAGGCUCUUAGCAACAGUGACAAGCGUAUUGUUUCUCAUCUCUUCAAAAUUGGUGCGAUUCAAGUUAUGCUUGCCUCCCGAGACGUUUGUUGGGAGAUCAAUUUCAACGCUCAUCUUGUUAUUGUCAUGAAUACCCAAUUCUUUGAUGGUCGCGAACACCGAUACAUUGAUUAUCCGAUAAGUGAAAUACUUCAAAUGUUCGGAAAAGCUUCUCGUCCACUUGAAGACAAGAGCGGAAAGGGUGUUCUUAUGGUUCCUGCCGUCAAACGUGAUUACUAUAAGAAAUUUCUGAAUGAAGCGCUACCAAUAGAAAGCCAUUUGCAAAUACAUUUGCACGAUGCGUUUGUCACCGAAAUAAGCACUAGGACCAUCGCAUCUACACAAGAUGCUGUCGAUUGGAUGACAUACACCUAUUUCUAUCGACGUCUUCUCGCAAAUCCUAGCUACUAUGGCUUAACAGACGUGAGUCAUGAGGGGUUGAGUACUUUCCUCUCAGAGCUAGUUGAGAACACUCUCAAGGAACUCUCUGAGGCCAAGAUCAUCGACCUAGACGAGGAAGAUGAUACGUUAUCGCCACUAAAUGCUGCGAUGAUUGCAGCAUAUUACAACAUUUCGUUUAUCACCAUGCAAACCUUCUUACUUUCACUUACAGCCAGAACAAAGCUGAAAGGUAUACUCGAAAUCAUCACUUCGGCUACUGAAUUUGAGAUUAUCCAGGUUCGACGUCAUGAAGAACAUAUUCUCCGUCGUGUAUAUGAUAGAGUGCCGGUUAAGAUGUCACAGCCAGUCUACGACUCGCCACACUUCAAAGCCUUCAUUCUUUUGCAGGCACAUUUUUCCCGUAUGCAGCUUCCGAUUGAUCUGGGUAAAGACCAAGAAGUUAUUGUGAGUAAAGUUUUGAACCUCCUAAGCGCUUGCGUAGACGUUCUUUCUUCCGAGGGUCACUUGAACGCAAUGAAUGCGAUGGAGAUGUCGCAAAUGGUUGUUCAAGCUAUGUGGGAUAGGGAUAGUCCAUUGAAGCAAAUUCCGCAUUUCGGCCCAGAGGCCAUCAAAGUGGCCAACGAGUUCCACAUCAAGGACAUCUUUGAGUUUAUGGAAGCUAUGGACCCGUCGGAGAACAAGGAUUAUGCAACCCUUGUGAAGCGCCUGGGUCUCAACAACAAGCAGCUUGCACAAGCGGCAGAAUUUACGAACAACAAAUAUCCUAACGUGGACCUCGACUUUACUGUUCUUGACGAGGAGAAUAUCACCGCCGGCGAGCCAGCGUAUAUCGAUAUCAAGAUUGAGAGGGAUGUUGAAGAAGAUGAAGAAGUCGAUACCACUGUGUCUGCUCCGUUCUAUCCGGGCAAGAAGAUGGAGAACUGGUGGCUUGUUGUUGGUGAAGAAAAGACAAACAGCCUCCUCGCCACCAAACGGGUCACAAUCGGAAAGAAAUUGCAGCUCAAACUGGAGUAUAUUGUUCCGACACCUGGUGAACAUGAGUUAACGCUGUUCUUAAUGAGUGAUAGCUAUGUCGGCGUUGAUCAGGACCCUUCAUUCAAAAUUACGGCAGCAGAAGGAAUGGAUGAAGAUGAGGAAGAGGAUGACGGAGAAGAGGUAAUGCUGAGCGCUCCUCGACGCUCCGCCGCAAUUCCUAAUGCAUCGGGUACCCUGCUAGCCUACACCCAGACGACAUACUCAUUUGAGUCACACUUGACCACCUCUGAGCUGCGGGUCCUCGACGUUGCAACCGGCAGCUCUGUUCUCCUGACAAAUUCCUACCGCGGGUCUCCACAAUGGCUAGGUGAUGGGAACAAGCUCGUCUGGCUGAAGGAAGAAGACGAUGGCAAAACGAGCUUCAUUGUUGGUGAUGGCAAGCGUGAAGAAGACUCUUAUGUUGCGGGAACCGUAUCGGGACCCGUAUCGGAUUUAAAGGUUACUACUAUUUCCCGUGGACUCGUGGGUUUUGCGGUUUCUGGGAAGGGGAAUCAAGACGGAACUCUGUACAAUCCGUCAACUGCGAAAAAGCCAGUUAGCUCUGGAAAGUUGUAUACGUCCCUUUUCGUCAGGCAUUGGGAUGAAUACAUUCGACCACAGAAAAAUAAUAUUUGGUAUGGGACACUACAGCAAACCACAUCCUCUACGGCAGGACAGCGAUCCAAGUACAAAUUAUCAGAAUUAAAGAACCUAUUUUGUCAGAUUGGUGCAACGGAUAUAGAAUCACCUAUUCCUCCGUUUGGUGGGACCGAUCAUUUUGAUAUAUGUCCCCGAGGCAUUGUGUUUGUGGCUAGAGAUCCGAAUUUGAAUCCGGCGUUGCAUACCAAAUGUCUACUGUACUAUUGUCGAUUGCAAUCCUGGACCGAAGCAGUUCCUGUUUCUGCAAAAACUCUCACACUCGAUGAGUUAAACGGAGCGAUUACCUGCCCAAUUCUGUCACCGGUGAAAAAUACGCUGGCAGUAUUGGCUAUGAGAGAGGAUGGAUAUGAAUCAGAUAAGAAUAGGAUCAUUCUUGUCCCCAGCCUAUUUGACGCGCAGACUCGGCCUAUUGAGCUAUUCGCAACAGCAGGUGGUGCUAGUUUAUGGAGCCUAAGCCCAAGCUCUCUUGCAUGGGGAGAGGACGAUUUUGAUCUAUUCAUCCGAGCCGAGGAUACCGGUCGCUGCGUUGUGUUCAGACUUCCAAUCCCUAAUUACGCGAAUGCAUCUAUACAACAUCUAUCCAAAUUAACCCAUUCCGGAUACGUUAUUGGCCUUGCGUUAGCAUCCAAGAAGUUAUUCCUAUCUAGUACCAGUCUCGUGGAAAACAGCGUAUUCUCAUACAUAGAUUUGUCGAGACCAGGCCAGGAACAAAAAGUUGUCUGUUCAAGUUCACGACAUGGCGUAUCACUUGGCCUGGCCCGUGAACAAGUCAGCGAUAUAUGGUGGAGAGGAGCAGAUGACCGACCAAUUCAUGCAUGGGUCAUAAAACCAUCCGACUUUGUCCCACAAAAGAGGUAUCCCCUCUGCUAUCUCAUUCAUGGCGGACCUCAGGGCGCAUGGAACGACCAAUGGAGCACCCGUUGGAAUCCUGCCGUCUUUGCAGAACAAGGCUACGUUGUUAUUACCCCAAAUCCUACAGGCAGCACCGGCUACGGCCAGGAAUUUACAGACGCCAUCCAAAACGAGUGGGGCGGCAAGCCGUACGAGGAUAUCGUCAGGGGCUUUGAAUAUAUCGAAAAAGAACUCGACUACGUCGAUACUGACCACGCAGUGGCCAUGGGCGCCUCCUACGGCGGCUUCAUGAUCAACUGGAUCCAGGGCCACGAUUUGGGCCGCAAGUUCAAAGCCUUAGUCACACAUGAUGGGAUCUUCAGUACGAAAUUUUCUCUCGCUGCUGAGGAACUCUAUUUCCCCAUCCGUGAUCUGAAGGGUGUGUUCUGGCAAGUCCCCGAGAACUGGGAUCGCUGGGACCCCUCCUUGUUCCUAGAUAAAUGGGCCACACCGCAUUUGAUUAUCCAUAACGAGCUGGAUUACCGUCUCACUAUUUCGGAGGGCUUGGCUGCCUUUAAUGUAUUGCAGAUGCGUGGUGUACCCAGCGCGUUUUUGACUUUCCCAGACGAGAAUCAUUGGGUGCUCAAGCCGGAGAAUUCCCUCUUUUGGCAUCGUACGGUUAUUAAUUGGAUCAAUAAGUAUGCAGGGUUGCCGCCGUUGUUGGAUGCGAUUGAUGGGUUCCCGGCCAAGAUUGAUGAGAAGGAUGUUUUGCGGGGGCGGUUGGCGAAAUAG